AUGUCCUCUGGUUUUGGCUUGGACGGCGGCCGUGGCCGAUGCUUUCAUUUCUGGCAAGAGUUCAACAAGUGCUAUGCUACUGCCGAUUUCCCGCAACAAUGCCUUGCACAGCGCGAUGACUAUAUGGAAUGCUUGCACCACACCAAAGAGUUUGCACGUGUAACCCGUAUCAAGGCUGAAGAGCUCAAGGAAGCACAUAAGAAGCAGCUCAAGGAAGGUGCUAAUGCUGCUGCCACCUCCAAGAUCCAUCAUCUCAACAUCGUUGCUGAAAAGCAGAUGCACAAGAUUGGACAAGAGUUGCUCAAGGAAGAAAGCAAGUUUGAACCACCCGCAGCUUAG